AUUGAUUUGCCCCUCACCAUCGAAGUCGGUUUUAGUUAUACCUGACCGUGCCGUGUUGUACCGUAUCGGCUUGGAGGUGAUAGUGGUGGAAGAGAAAGGACGAUCUUUUAGAAGUAUCCAGUUUACAGAGAUCAGAUAAACCAAAUAUCACCAUGCCGAGCCACCAACACAAUCACCUUCAUAAAAGGCAAGGCGACAAUGGCUUGGAGAAGUUUGUUGAUGGCGUCGAGAGCGCUGCUAGUGAUUUGAACCCCUUCAAAUCACCUGCUACCCUACAGGCAAGGGCACCGGCACCAUCGACCGUUUUUUUUACCGUGUACGAAACCAUGUCCAAGACGUUCGACGGCCCCAUCGCUGGAUAUUCAACCGUAGUCGAAGCUGACGACACCACCAAGGUCCAAGAGCCAACAAUCGCUGCUCUUGCGCAGCCCACGUCACUACCUGAAGUAGAAAACACAAGCCCACUUACUGUAGCUCAGGCUGCCCAAACUUCCUUGGAUUUGGCUACGAGUACCGCUGCCGCUGCAAAGGAUACGGAUAUCCUCCCGGGAUCUAUCAUGCAAACUGGCUCCGUCGACCUCAGCCAGCACUCAACAUUAGCUAUAGCAACGAGCAGACCCACGACACUCAGCCAAGCGACCAAGAACGUGGAGACAUCCGAGGCGGCCGCCGCCACUCGCGCAUCCGCCUCUUCCUCUUCAUCGGCAACAGCUACAGCAGAAUCAUCGAAUGCUAGCAGCAGCAGCGCGGCGAAAGCUGGUAUUGCAAUCGGAGUUCUCGGCGGUAUCCUGGUCGUUGGCCUGCUUGUCUUCUUCCUGAUGAACAAACGUAGGAAGCAGCUCCAAAAAGAGCGAGAAGAUAAUGAAAAAGUCAAUCACGGACCUUACAAUGCUCGUCCCAUGUCUAUGCUUUCGACCCAGACUAGCGCCACUGCACCUCAGUUGAGUUUGCGUCCUCUCACAGAGUUCAUGCCCGCCUUCAGCGAGCGACGAUCUAGCAAGGGAGCACACCUUGCGCUUGCUACAGGAAACCAAUCUCUCUGGGAACGACCCGGUACAAGCCACGCUAACAACACUGAAAACCCCUUUGGCAACCACGCGGAACGUGUUCAAACGCCUACUGGAAACGGCCGGCCAACGAAUCCCUUCGACAACCCAGAGAACGUUGUUGGCGUUGCUCAGACUACGAACUCACCCCCGAGGUCUGUGCCGACUACGGGUGGAACUGCAGUUGGCGCUGGUGCCGGUGCCCUCAGCACAGCUGCUGCGGGUGCCGCAUUAGUUCGAAAGGCCUCCGCUCGAAAGAACGCCCCUGCACCCCUAGACCUUACGAUGCCUGCUACGCCUCCCAGCCCAGCUGGUACCGAGUUCAGUAUUAACUCAGUCGCUCCUGGACAAUCGCCUGGCCCCUCAAAAAGUGCAGCAGCUAUCGCGGCAGCUGGUGGCCCUUCGGCGACGGUUGUUCACCGUGUCCAGCUAGACUUCAAGCCAACUCUAGAGGACGAGAUGGGAUUAAAAGCUGGUCAACUCGUCAGACUCAUACACGAGUAUGACGAUGGCUGGUCUAUGUGCAUUUCACUAGACCGUAGUGUACAGGGUGUUGUUCCGAGAACUUGCUUGUCAACGCGGCCCGUGAAGCCUCGUCCCGCUGGUGGUCCUGGAGCUCGCAACGGUCCUCCUAUAAACCCCAGUGGCCAACGUGGGCCCCGAGGUCCUGGCCCGAACUACCCCCCUGGAGCUCGACCCAUGACUCCCCAGAGUGGCCGCCCGGAGUCACCUAUGAUGCGCUCUAUGGCAGGACGACCACAGUCACCUGCCACUAUGCGACCGCACUCCCCCGCAACCGGACGUCCAAUGAGCCCCUACGGAAGUCGUCCGGCUUCUCCGGCGACCGGCCGACCAAUGAGCCCCGGCCCCCAAGCACAGUCACCUGCUUCAAGACAACAACGAAGGAUGACGCCACCUGGGCCUAGUCCGAUGAACCCCAAUGCCGGUUCUCCUACCGAGCAACAGAACCGAUCUCCUGGUCAAGGUGCUGUUGGCAGGAAACCCGUUCCGGGUCAAGCUUAUUGAUCAAUAAUAUAAAGCAUUAUUGACUAAGGCCCUGAAUUUUUUUUUUACAAUUAUCUUUCCUUACGAAGGAUUCCCCCCAUCUGAUUAUAGUAGAGAGAUACGUCGGAGCCAUUGAACCCCUCGAUUUUGACGAACGUUGAUGAACAAACUACCUUUCUCCACACUCGCUUGCGACCCUUUAUCUUUUCCUUUAAGUUGGUGUUUUCUUUUCUCUUUUCUUGCUAUUGUUACUUUGAACUCCGGUCAUUGCAUAUUGCCAGCGUGGUUUCAUCAGAAAAGCUACACAGUAUCGACCCCGACCGAGCGCUACCUUGGUAAUUCGGCUACUGCUGCUUGGGUUGGGAUAAUCUGGUAAUUUCUUGUCGAUAAUUUCUAAACCCGAGGAUAUCCUAACAAACUAUCCUCGGCUGGCGUUGAGGAUGCUGUGACUUGGCAUCGGUUCUG